AUGUCAUCCAUCAAAGUAACUUCUUCACAGUCACCAAUUUCUCGUUCCUCCCGUAUAGGCAUAAUUGGGGCUGGUCCAGCGGGUAUUUCAGUCGCUCACUUUUUACGUAGAGAAGGCUACUCAAAUGUGACGCUACUGGAAUCCGCUCCCCAUAUAGCGGGAAAAAGUUCUACUUUUUACCAUGAUAAUCGUGGUUAUGAUGUUGGUGCUUUGAUGGUCGGUAACAACUAUUCACUAGUCAAAUCCAUUGUGGCUGAACUUGAUUGUCCUCUCGAAAAAUUUUAUUGUGGUGCUUUGGACAUUGAUGCAAAUAAACUUAUGAUUGAAAAUGUUUGUCAUAUUGGAAUUAUUUCCGAUUCUUUCACAAAAAACAUGUCUCAUUAUUUAGAGGAAAAAAAGUUUUUUGAAAAUGUUACCUUACCUGAUGCUUGGGCUUUGGCAUAUACCUCUGCUGGUUAUGGUUAUAUUCAAGAUGAUAUACCUGCUGCAUAUUUCUUAAAAUUUAUUCAAAAUUCGGAAAAUACUAUUUGGCGUUUUAAGAAUGGUUUUCAGGAUUUCUGGAUCAAAAUGGCUAAG